GGCAGCUUAAAGCCUGUGUUUCUGAUGGCAGCGUAGUGCAUACGGGAAAGGCUCAAGCAGAACCAGAGUUGUGCAGGAGCAAUAAAAAUGUGUUUUAUUUGAUUUUGCCCUUGCAGCAGAGGACGUGCCACAGCAUAGCAUGACUGCUCUUCACCCUGCAUGCCAUGCCCUUCCCCAACAGCUCUGACCUCAGCCCAUCCUCCUUCAUCUUGGCCAGUAUCCCAGGGCUGGAGGCUGCCCAUUUCUGGAUGGCGAUCCCUUUGUGCUCCGUGUACGUUAUGGCUGUCGCAGGCAACUGCAUGGUGCUGUUCAUCGUCAAGACGGAGCCCAGCCUGCACGUUCCCAUGUACUUCUUCCUCUGCAUGCUGGCUGCCAUCGACCUGGCCUUGUCCACCUCCACGGUGCCACGUGUCCUCGCCUUCUACUGGUUCAACACCAGGGAGAUCAGCUUUGGAGCCUGCCUCGUCCAGAUGUUCUUCAUACACACGCUCUCGGCCAUUGAGUCCACCAUCCUUCUGGCCAUGGCUGUGGACCGCUAUGUGGCCAUCUGCCACCCGCUGAGGCACGCUGCCAUCCUCACCAACGCGACGACAGCAAAAAUAGGGCUGGCAGCCAUGGUCAGAGGAGUUCUCUUCUUCCUGCCCUUGCCUUUGCUCCUGCUGCCCCUUCCUUUCUGCAGCUCACGGGUGCUGUCACACUCCUUCUGCCUGCAUCAGGACGUGAUGAACCUGGCCUGCGCCAACACGACCCCCAGCGUGGUGUAUGGCCUCACCGCCAUCCUGCUGGUCAUGGGGCUGGACGCCCUCCUCAUCUGCAUCUCCUACUUCCUGAUCCUCAAGGCUGUCCUGCGGCUGGCAUCGUGGAAGGAGAGGCUCAAGGUGUUCAGCACCUGCAUUGCCCAUAUCUGCGUGGUCCUGGCCUUCUACGUGCCUCUGAUCGGGCUGUCAGUGGUGCACCGGUUUGGGAAGGAUCUGGCCCCGCUGGUCCAUAUCAUCAUGGGGAACAUCUACAUCCUUGUGCCAGCUGUGCUCAACCCCAUCAUCUACGGGGUGAGGACUAAAGAGAUACAGAGGAGGAUCCUAAAUUUCAUUCACAUACACAACAACAGAACAGCCCAGUGACUUGUGCUUGGAUGUUGUGUCCUGUUCCCACUCACUGUCUCAACUUGUUUUACACUCAGAGUCCUUGGAGUUGGGGCUGUCCUCUGUGCAGCACUCAGCACCCUGUAGGAUCCUCUAAGGUGCUAUCGCAGGGUAAAAAGAAGAUAACAGCUGCAAACUGCUUCCAAGAGUGCUUACUCCACCAAACCUGGAGUGAGUCUACCCUGAUGAUCCAAAUCCAACCCUGAUCCAGCAGAUAUGGGAAGGAAAAAAUGUCUCAGCAAACUAACAGCGUCUUGACACUGCACUUCUUUGUCCCCAUCUCCUCUCUAAUUUGCACAGCU